ACACUCCACUCCUGAAUAAUGAGCCAGCUAAAGGGAUUGUUCUCACUGAGCUGUUUACACUGCUGUGAAACCAUGUGUCAUCACAGGACAUUCCUCUCCUCUGCUGGAGCUCAAUGAGCAAUCAUACUGGAUCCAGCACAGGCUGAAGACUGCCAGAGGAGAGCAGCGUGGAUUUACAGCCUUCACCAACCUGGAUUGUCUUCCUGGGAUACUACUGAAGCUAUUUUUACACUCUGACACUGAAUGCAAGACUUCGAUGUACAGGCUUCUUUGCGCCUCAGAUGUAUUUUAGAAGCCCAUGCGUCAAUUCACAUUGGAGUAUCCUAGAUUUAUUGGCGGAUGGCCUUUUGGGUAAAAAAUCAGAAAGGCAAUUUUAAAACAAACUGAUCACCUUUUUUUUUAAAUUUGAUAACUCAUUGGAAAGACAGUGGAAACUUUGACCACAUGGUCAUUCAUUUUUAGAUCUAAGCGAUUUGCUCUAUGUUCCAACAAACUAUGAGGCUUGUAUGACUACAAAGAUGCCUGUCAUGCAUACUGUGGGAAGCCCAGAAUGUGGGCUAACACGAUCUUCUCAACAGACAAUGUCAAGGAGUCACUGCAGAAAUAUCAGGCAGAAGAUCUCCCAGUGGGAAUGCAGGGUCAGCAGUGGCUCCUGCGAAAACCUCCUGGACCCAAAACCCAGACGAUCUUUCACUGAGCAAAAUGGAAUUACAAAAUCAUCAGAAAAUUUACUGGAUAACAGAAAGCCAGUAGUAAAUCAUGACAGGAAUAUGGGCCUGGAUUUCAGGGAAGGUAACAGAGACAACUUGUUAGAUGAUGAAAACAACAAAGCAAACCAUAAAGACAAUAUUUAUGAGGACCAGCUAGAAAGCCCACCAUACUAUAGUAAAAAACAGAGUUCAUUUUCAGAUCCUGAAAUAGACCUUCCUCCAGGAAAUUUUUACACUUCUCCAGAAAUGUUUAAAAAAAACAAUUUGAUUGCUGAGGACUUAAGAGAAAUGGCUUUAAAAUUUAAGGAAAGAAGAACUAGGAGCUUUUCUGCAGAAGAUGAACUUGAAUUGCAAUGUUUGCCAGAUCAAAACAUUGCUAUAAAGAGCAUAGAUGAUAACUAUUACGAUACAGAGCCAUUUAAUGAUGGCCCAUCUAUAAACCCUUUACCUAAGCCACGAAGAACAUUUCGCUAUGCCAACUGUAAUCGACCAGAAAAAUAUAUGGACAGUAAUCACAGGAGGAGAAAGUCUAUAGAUGAAAGUGAUACAGAGUCAUCUGAUCCAUCCAUUCCACCUUCUGAGCCAAAGAAACCUGCAAACAGGAAACUUAAACCAAGAUCAAAAAGGAAAUCCUUUGAAUAUGAAGAUGUUCAAACAUACAGACGUCUUUUACAACAAACCAACCAUUCUCGGAUCUCUGAAGAGCCUACUGAAGUCUCACAAUCUACUCUCUAUCACACACUGUCUGAAGACAACAUCUAUGAGGACAUCAUGUAUCCUCAGAAGGAGAACCCUUAUGAAGAUAUCAAAACAUCUCCUUUAUGGCGGCUCCCAACCACAUGGAAGAUCCCACCUCCACGGUGUACAAUAAAAGCACCCAAGAUUCCAUCAAGAAACUUUUUAAAAAGGCAGACAUUGGAGCUGAAAAGUACCAAGCUGUACAUUCACAAGAAGUCCGCAAAGGAUUCUACCUUACCAGUAACAUUGAUGGAGUGGAAAGUGUUCAAAAGCGGAGGAGAGACUGCAAAGAAGAAAAAGAAGUUCCCGAGGCUGGUAAUGAAAAUUCAAGAUAUCUUUGAUACAAAGCGUGGAAAGAAGAAGGUCAAAGUCCAGACAUUUAAUGGACAAGACACAACUUCAUCCAAAGGUGAUGCAAGCGAGUCAGAAAGUGAGGCAGAGGAUCGUCAAAAAAAACACAAUAAGCGUUUGGCUCAUGUUCAGAAUUCCCUGAAGCGUAACCCACACUACCAGACUCUGGAGCGGGACCUUAUUGAACUUCAAGAACAGCAACUCUUUGAACUGUUCGUGGUUGUCUCUCUGCAGAAGAAGCCAUCGGGAGAUACCUAUGUUCCCUAUAUAACACAGCAGUACCCCAGUAAGAAUGAUCAUCCACUGAAGCAAUCUAAAGACACAGAGGAGAGGUUAAAAGUCAUUCCACAGUUUUGUUUCCCUGAUUCAAAAGACUGGGCUCCUGCAUCAAAUUUUAAGAGUGAAACCUUUUCAUUUGUACUGACUGGUGAAGAUGGCAGCAGGUGGUUUGGCUACUGUAGGAAGCUUCUGCCACAAGGUAAAGGGAAACGUCUGCCUGAAGUUUACUGCAUAGUAAGCCGUCUGGGCUGUUUCAAUCUGUUUUCUAAGAUCUUAGAUGAAGUAGAGAAGAGGAGAGAAAUGUCUCCAGCUCUGGUGUCUCCAUUUAUGCGAAGCGUCAUGGAAGCUCCAUUCCCUGCACCUGGACGAACCAUAACAGUAAAGAGCUUUCUACCAGGAUCAGGAAAUGAGGUCAUUGAUCUGUGUCGGCCAAUGGACUCCCGUCUGGAACAUGUAGACUUUGACUGCUUGUUCAAGUGUCUCAGUGUUUGCCAUCUUAUUAAAGUCUUUGCUUCACUUUUGCUUGAGAGACGGGUUAUCUUUGUAGCUGACAAUCUUAGCACACUAUCCAAAUGUGCUCAUGCAGUGGUUGCAAUGCUUUAUCCAUUCACCUGGCAGCACACCUACAUCCCUGUCCUUCCAGCUUCCAUGAUUGACAUUGUGUGUUCUCCCACUCCAUUCCUUAUUGGUAUUCUGUCGUGCUCAUUGCCUCUGCUAAAUGACCUCCCUAUUGAAGAGGUUUUAAUUGUUGAUCUAUGUGGCAACAAGUUCAUUCAACAGUUGUCAGAUGAAGAUGACAUUUUACCUCGCAAGCUCCAAGCUGCACUGGUCCAGAUCCUAGAGCAGAGAAAUGAUAUCCUGGAUCAUGAUCACACUUUCACUGAAGAAGAAGUCUCUCUGAACACCCUGGUAUCAGAGGCCUUUGUGUGGUUCUUUGUGGAGAUUGUUGGACAUUACUCUCUGCACAUGUAUGUGAAUGAGAAGGGAGAGCGUAUUUUCCAAAGAGAGCCUUUUCGCAAGUCGCACACUUCCAGAAGCGUACGGCAAUUCCUUGAUCUCUUUAUGGAGACCCAGAUGUUUGCUGGAUUCACACAGGAUCGGGAGUUACGAAAAAGUGUCGUUAAAGGACUUUUUGAGGUACGAGCUCGCGAAUACCUAAAGACGCUACCUGAGGCAGAGCCCAGUGGAGUCAACAAAUUCCUGAAAGGCUUAAGUAAUAAAAUUAAGUUUCUUCAAAAGAAAUAAAAAAAUGGAAAAAUCAAAUAUAAACAUGAUCUGCGGAUGGACCACAGCGUUGUGAUUGCUGAAUCACUUCACCCAGGUUUAAGCUUCAUACCUAUAUGGAAAAUGAGGAUACAGAUUUUUCUUUGCUACGUUGUCGUAACCAAAGUCCUAGAGGAGAAAUGUGGACAAUGUGUUCAGUACUGCAGCCAGACCUUGUUCAAUGGAGUAUUAAAGAAAACAGAUGAACGCCAGUAAAAUAUUCCAUAUGCCAAAACUGAAAAUAGAUUUAUUGAAACGUUUUAGCUAUUUCAAACAGGGCAGUUAUGGCGUGAUUGUCAAAACUUCUUCAAAUGGAAUGACUUUUUCAGAUAAUGAAGACUUUGGCGUUUUCCUCUUCCACAAUAAACAUUGGCGGUGGUGUGUAGAGUUAUUGGCUUUGCGGUUAUGGAUGGGUUCUGUAUUUGUCCAUAAAUACAAACAUAUGACAAAUAUGUUUAUGGCAUUAAAGGAUUCUGGGUUUGCCGCAAACAUUGAACAUUUAGUGAACAUUUACAGAGGUAUAAACAAUUAUCUACCAAUGUGUCACCAUUACUGUUGACUGGACAAUUUUAAUAAGUCUACAGAUGUUAAUAAUGAAAAGGAUCCACUGAAGGUAUCAAAGCUCUCCUUCACUAAUGUACGUGUAAAUACAGGAUGUGACUGACUUUG